CACUAACCGUUCAGCGGCAGAGCCCGUUAUUUCGCCACUUCAGCGCCCCACACUUGCGCCGCAGCAGUAGAAGGUAGAACACCUUCUUGACCCGAAUUCAAUCCGUGCGCACGCACCCUCCGCCGGCGACGGCUCACGCAUCGCUCGGCGCCCGCCCCGCGUCCCCGAGGCGACGACCGGCAGAGCGCGCUCUCGCGGCGCUACCCGACACCUGCGACGAAACGCCCCGAGUCCACUAGUCGAGGAGUGCGUCGACGCAGGGGCUCGGGAACGCGGUGUCGCCAUCGCGGAGCCCUAGCGAGAUCGUCGGGAAGGUCCGAAGGCGAGCACGUGUUUGUGUAACCUUUCUCCCCUUCUUCCCUUUGCCGGCCGGCCCUUCAGCGGCGACAAGUGCCCACCAGGCGGUGGUUUACGUUGAGCUGAGGAGUGAGGAAGAUGUCUGGAAAUCCAGUCGGCGUCGACAACACUUCUAGGAGGAAAUUUGACAAGGAAGAGUACUUGGAGAGAGCUCGACAGAGGGAGCAGAGGGAGAAGGAUGAAGCUCGGAAAGGCAAGGAAAGGGGUCCUCCUGUGCAAAGACAGCCUUUGAAACACAGGGACUAUGAAGUUGAUCUUGAUUCUCGUCUUGGCAAGACUCAGGUGGUGACCCCGAUUGCACCAUUGAAUCAGCAGGCUGGAUACUACUGUUCUGUAUGUGAAUGUGUUGUCAAAGAUUCAGCCAACUAUUUGGAUCAUAUAAAUGGCAAGAAGCAUCAGAGAGCACUGGGCAUGUCUAUGCGUGUUGAAAGGGCAUCACUUGAACAGGUCCAGAAAAGGUUUGAGGCACUUAAGAAAAGGAAGGAUCCAAGUGCCUUUACUGAAGAAGAUUUGGAUGAGAGAAUAAUGAAACAACAGCAAGAUGAGGAGGAACGGAAGCGUCAGCGCAAAGAAAAGAAGAAAGAGAAGAAAAGAGAACAGGCAACCCAACAUGAACCUGAGGACGUUGAUCCUGACAUCGCUGCCAUGAUGGGUUUUGGUGGGUUUGGUUCCUCGAAGAAGUGACAGCUCUGUGUUGGCCGCAUCCCUUUGGUGACCUUCUGCCCUGAAGAUAUUGCUCAACCCCAUAAACACCUGUGCCAUGAAAAAUCGUUUUUGCCAGAAUCCUGAUAAGAUUUGAACGAAGUGCACUGGAUGCAAGGAUACUACGUUUUGGCACUGGGAUACUGAGCUGCGUGUAUGGGAGUUGAUUAUCAAAAGGAAUAUCUAAGGGUGUUUUGGAUAAACCUGUUUAUUUGCUACUUCGGGUGUUCCUGCCAUAGAAACAGCUGAUGGUCGUGAUUGUUUGUUGUGACUUGUGGGAAUGCAGAUGUGCGAAGUGGAACAAACCAAAAGAAUUGCCGUCUCAUUUUCUAGAGGAAUAAACUUGUGUAUUGCAGUUAACAGCUCCCUUGAUUCUGAAUAUUAAUUUCCAG